AUGUCCACAUCGAAGCAAGUUCGGGUUGCCGUGACACAGGCCGAACCAGUAUGGCUUGAUCUCGACGCCACCGUCGACAAGACUUGCUCUCUUAUCGCCGACGCUGCAUCUAAUGGUGCACAGCUCAUUGCUUUCCCCGAGUGCUGGGUUCCGGGAUAUCCAGCCUGGAUAUGGGACCGCCCAGUUGACCCACAAAUGACAACAGCAUACAUGCGCAACUCGCUGAAGCUCGACUCCCCGCAAAUGGCCAAGAUUCAGGCUUCCGCCGCCGCGAACAAAGUCAUCGUCGUGCUCGGCUUCUCUGAGAAUAUCCAUGAUAGUCUGUAUAUCUCUCAAGCGACUCUUGGCUGCGACGGGAAGAUCCUCAUGACCAGAAAGAAAAUAAAGGCCACGCAUAUGGAGCGAACUAUCUUUGGUGACUCUACCGGUGAUUGUCUUCGCAGUGUCGCGGACACGGACGUUGGACGCGUCGGCGCUCUUUCUUGCUGGGAACACAUCCAGCCGCUGUUGAAAUACCACACAUAUGCGCAGCGCGAGCAAAUUCACAUUUCGGCUUGGCCGCCUCUUCAUCCCCACCCUGGCGAGGGUGCUCUGUAUUCCGUCUCAAAAGAAGGUUCGUAUUCAUUGCGUUCUCGCUGA